ACCGAUUGUUCAGAGAGAAAAACCAGCGAGCUACAUAAAAACACCGUCACGCUCUCUCCCUUACCUUCGCCUCCAAAAAUGCUCUCUUUUCUCUUUUCCUCCUCAUCACUCCAACUCACCGCCUUCUCUUUCAGUCCCUACCAUUAGCAGCGCCGGAGUCGAUCAUUGACUUCGCCAUGGACGCCUUAGCUGGCGUCUCUUCUGAAGAUGCCGUUGCUAGUGGCGGCGGUAGUGGCACUGGUGGCCUCUUCUCCUCUUCAGCCUCGCUUCUGCUUCCUACGGAUACUGCUAUCAGCAUCCAGAGAGGUCCCUUCGGAUCCGUGCUGCAGAAUCACGAUAGGCGGCCUGCUGAGGCUGAGGGCUACGAUUGGAGAUCACUCAAGGUGGCUAGGUUCGAUGCAUUGGCCACAGCACCCGCAAAGGCGGCCCCUUUCCUCCUCAGAUCCGAAACCCACCCUCUCUUUCAUGACGGCGAGCAAAUGCUUUGCUUCUCGUCAGCAUCCGAGAGCGAGAUGGUGACUGAUGCGACAUUGGCUUACUACAACCACCUCUCCGUGACCUCUUCCUCCGCGCAGUGCUACCUCAGGGGAAAUGCAGGUUUGGUAUCAGCAAGUUCUAAUGGCAACAUGCAAAGCGUUCUGGCGAGGGUAAGGGGACCCUUCACUCCUUCUCAGUGGCUGGAGCUGGAACACCAAGCAUUGGUCUACAAAUACCUACUUGCAAAUGUACCCAUACCGGCCGCUCUUCUUGUCCCCCUCCGGCGAAGUCUGGGUGCUUCUUCCUGGUUCCCUCCUCUGCCAGCAGGAUCUUUUGGCUCAGUUGGAUGGGGGUCAUUCUAUUCGAAGAACACCGACCCAGAGCCUGGUAGAUGCCGUCGGACUGAUGGGAAGAAAUGGCGAUGCUCCAGGGAUGCAGUUGCUGACCAGAAGUAUUGUGAGCGACACAUGAACAGGGGCCGCCAUCGUUCAAGAAAGCAUGUGGAAGGCCAAAGUGGCCAUGCCGCCAAAACUACACCUGUAGUUGCUUCUUCUCAACCAGCUUCUGCACUUCCUGGUGGUCCUUGUUCUGGUACUCUAAAAGUUGCACAACAACAGAGUAAAAGCUUGCAAUCUAACAUCAAAGAUCCUCAUGCAGUGCAGUACAACGGGAUGCCAUCAAGCAAUGAAGAACAAAAUAGUUAUGCCCAGAAUUCGAAAAGCCUCCCUGGGCCAAGUCUUAUUUGCCAAAGUCCUCAUAGCAACUUUUAUCCAAUCUCAAAGCAGCAGGCAAUCUUUGAGGGAACCUCCUCAGGUUCCGACUUGGAAGUCUUUCCCAACAACUCACUUUUGAAUCUUUCAUGGAGCUCAUUGUCUGAUAACAUCAGUUUAAUUCCCACCCCAAAGCUCAAUCACCAGGAUGUCCAGUCUAAUCCCCUCCGCCACUUCAUGGAUGACUGUCCUAAAACCCAAUCUGAUGGUCCGACGACCACUUGGCCUGAAGUUGAAGAAUCGUACUCCGAUAGAACCCAACUCUCCAUCUCGGUCCCAAUGUCUUCUUCUGACUUCUCAUCCUCCACUUCAUCGAACCUUGACAUACUGACACUUUCACCACUAAAGUUGUCCAGAGAAUAUGAGUAUGACUGUAUCCGUAUGGGUUUGGGUGUGGGAGUUUUAACUGAUGUGUGCCAGAGGCAAGCAAAUUGGAGAUCUUUCUCCUGGGAGGCUUCCAUGGAUGGACCUUUAGGAGAGGUGCUGAACAGCACUGGUGGCACUCCCAAGGAUCAAAGCAAGAACUCUUCGAUGUCUCUAAACCUCUUGGAAGAUGGAUGGGAUUCAAGUACCCAAAUGGAGUCCUCACCGACCGGCGUCCUGCAGAAAACUUCAUUUGCAUCCCUGUCUAGCAGCACAGGAAGUAGCCCAAGGGUUGAGAAUCUCAUGCUUCACAAGAGUACAAGCAGCCUCUGCUACGACUUUAAUGCCUCAACGCUUGUAAAUGCUCCAACAAUCCCCCCACUCUAAAGCUCAAGCUGACCGAAUCAAGAUGAAAAGGACAAUCACAAAAAGGUGAUAGAGGAUGUUGGUGAAACCAGCAUUGACUUAACUAGUCAAGAACAUGAAACUAUAAGAAUUUAAUAUGCUAGGAUCUUUUAUUUGUUCUGUUUCUGUUGCCUGGUUCUCUGUACGCACCAGGCUUUCCUGAAUAUCCAGUCUUAAUGUGUUUUUGAGACGUUUAGAACUGAAAGCCUCAAUCACUUUGCAUUUGCUUUUAUUUGUAACGACAGUAAUUUUCUCAGUUUGCUUGCAGUUUGUUAUCUUUUUUAGUCA